AUGGAUGUGAAAGGCAGCACCUCGGACACCACUAGUGCAAGGAAAGAUAUGGCUAAGUAUUGUAAACGUCGGCAGUUAGAGCUUGGAAAUGGAAAUCAAACCAUGCCCAAAGCACCCUUUGCACUUGACAAGGCUCAAAAGAAGGUGUUAUGUGAAUGGGUUCGAGACUUGAAAUUCCCGGAUGCUUAUGCUUCAAACUUGAGCAGGUGUGUUAAUCUUCAAUCAUGCAAGCUGUAUGGAAUGAAGAGCCACGAUUGUCAUGUCUUCAUGGAGAGGUUACUUCCGGUUUCUUUGAAGGAGUUGCUUCCCUUGCAUGUUUGGAAGGCAAUUACAGAGAUUAGUCAAUUCUUCCGAGACUUAUGCGCCCCCACUAUCAAAGCGAGUGACAUAGAUCGCUUGGAUAAGAAUAUAGCUGAGAUCUUGUGCAAGCUAGAGAAGAUUUUUCCACCUGCAUUUUUCAACUCAAUGGAACACUUGCCAGUUCAUCUUCCACAUGAGGCAAAGGUUGGUGGUCCCGUCCAGUACAGGUGGAUGUACCCAUUUGAAAGGUUUCUUAACCAUUUGAAGCGUAAGGUUGGAAAUAAGGCAUGUGUAGAAGGCUCCAUAUGCAAUGCUUACCUAAUGGAGGAGAUUUCGAACUUUUGUUCCCACUAUUUUCAACCUGAGGUUGACACCAAAGCAAGAGAUCUAGGAAGAAACGUCCAUUCGGUUGUGCUGAACCAACAUGACGUUAAUAUCCCCGAGAUGUUCAGGGUUGAUUGUGGUCGUGCACCUACUAAGGGCCGUUUGCGCUUCUUGCAAGACAUGGAGUAUGAUCGAGCACAUCUUUAUGUGCUUGCAAACAGUGGUAUCUUAGGUGAAUAUGAAAGGUAA